GAUCACACUCGGCUAGGAGAAACCUCGAAUUUGUGUGUGCCCACGACUCGCGGUCGCUAGACCCACCGGCCACGAGGCGCGGACUGAUGAUCCAUGUAGAAACUUGUGUUAAGGCAAACACCACUUUAUAGCUUUCUAACCAGGUCCUGUAAUUACAUAGCUGAACCUCGAUAUAGACUGUUUUCACCUGGCGAUAGUCGGGAUAGUCGUCGAAAGACAUUCGCUUGUCCAAGUUGUUCAUCCGCAAGGGUAGUGUCAUACUUGCUCGUCUGUAAACCUUCUCAUCUGAACGAACUUUCCUUGUCACAUCCCAAGUCGGUUCUCCAUAUCCUCCUGCAGUACUCCUCAAAAUGACUGUAGCCAACGGUCUCCGCAUCGCCGUCGGCGGCGACGACGCCGGCUUCGACUACAAGGCCACAAUCUCCAAGGACCUGGAAGCUGAUCCGCGAGUGAGCACAGUCGUAGACUUCGGCCCCAACUCUGCGACAGAUAAGACGGCAUACGCACACUUCGCCAUCGCUGCCGCCGAGGCCGUUGCCAGUGGCAAGGUCGACCGGGCCAUCCUCAUCUGUGGCACCGGGCUAGGCGUCGCCAUCUCGGCGAACAAGGUCCCCGGCGUACGGGCAGUGACGGCGCACGACAGCUUUUCAGUGGAAAGAGCCGUCAAGAGCAACAAUGCGCAGGUUCUAUGCCUCGGUCAACGCGUUAUUGGUGUCGAGCUUGCUAGGCGGUUGGUUAGUGAAUGGGUGGGUUAUGAGUUUGAUCCCGCAUCUGCAUCAGCAGUCAAAGUAAAAGUCAUAGAUGAUUAUGAUCUGAAGCAGUCGAAUGGGGUCAAGGCCUGAAGUAAUCAGGCAACAGGAAGGAGUUGGCAAUUCGAACAAAAAACCUAGGAAAAGGAUACGGCGCCUUGCGGCGAAUCACCUGAUAUAAGAGCUUAGUGAUCACAGAGACCACAAAAAAAGAGUUCACCACCGGUGUGGCUACAUCUCUUGGUGCUCAUGCUGGGAUUCGAACUCGG